AGAAAACAGGAGAGGCGGGGGUGGCAUGGGCCACAGUUGCUCAGGGAGGGUUGUGGCACCCGGGGCUGGGUGGCUUUCCCCAAGCUUGCUCUGACAAAAGAGUUUUGAGUUGGUUUUUUGGCUGAGCCUGCCGAGAAAGGCAGGCCCCUGCAGGAGUCUUGGAGGGUCGGAUGCAGCGCCCGGAUGAGGAUGAGGCGUGGCGGAAGAUGCGUUUGGCUCUGCAGACACUGCAUCGGGCAGCAGGGGACUCUGGGAGGCUGGUGCAGCCUGAAGGCAUGGCUCUUGACAGCCUUCUAGUAGAAUCUCUGGAAUUGUGCAUGUUCCCCCUACCUCCAGCCAGUCUGUGCAGACUUGUUGCCUGCUGUGUCACCGGGAGCGCAAAGGCUGGGAAGAAGGCCCUUCACAAAAUGGACUGGUGUUGCAGGAUUUCCUUGUCACAUACAUCCUGCAAAUCACAGUCUUGUGGGGGUGACUCUCAUUCAUCCUCGUCCUCCUCCUCAUCCUCAUCUUCCUCCUCCUCUUCCUGCCAUGGGAACUCAGGGGACUGGGAUCCCAGCUCGUUCCUGUCAGCACAUAAGCUCUCAGGCCUCUGGAAUUCCCCACACUCCAGCGGGGCUGUGCCAGGCAGCUCGCUUGGGAGUCCUCCUGCCAUCCCUGGUGAGGCUUUCCCUGUCUCGGAGCACCACCAGCACUCAGACCUCACUGCUCCCCCUAAUAGCCCCACUGGCCUUCCCCCGCAUCCAGCAUCUCUGAUUCCUUCUCACCCUGGUUCCUUCAGCUCGACGUCCCACCCACACCUGCUGCCCACCACCCCAGCAGCACCUUUCCCUGCCCAGGCUUCAGAGUGCCCUAUGGCUGCUGCCACUGCCACCCACUCCCCAGGGCCAUGUCAGAGCCCUCAUCUGCCCUCCACCAGCAUGCCACUCCUGAAGAUGCCUCCACCACUCUCGGGGUGCAGCCACCCCUGCAACGGGCACUGCAGCGGGCACUGUGGUGGGCCUCUCCUCCCACCCCCGAGCUCUCAGCCACUCCCUAGCACUCACAGCAGGGACCCUGGGUGCAAGGGGCACAAAUUUGCACACAGUGGCCUGGCCUGUGAGGCAGAUGAGGGUCUGGGCGAGGAAGAGGAUAGCAGCUCUGAGCGCAGCUCUUGCACCUCGUCCUCCACCCACCCCCGCGAUGGGAAGUUCUGUGACUGCUGCUACUGUGAGUUCUUCGGCCACAAUGCGCCACUCUCUGCCCCGACGAGCCGGAAUUAUACUGAGAUCCGGGAGAAGCUCCGCUCAAGGCUGACCAGGCGGAAAGAGGAGCUUCCAAUGAAGGGGGGCAGCCUGGGCGGGCUCCCUGGGGAGCCUGCGGUCGACCACCGAGAUGUGAAUGAGCUGCUGGAAUUCAUCAACAGCACGGAGCCCAAAGUCCCCAACAGCGCCAGGGCUGCCAAGCGGGCCCGGCACAAGCUGAAAAAGAAGGAAAAAGAGAAGGCCCGGUUGGCAACAGAAGCUCUGAAGCAGGUGAAUCGUGUUUCUGGGAGCCAGGAGCCAAGGCCUGCCAGGGAGAGGCUCCUGGAGUGCCCUAACCAGGAACUGGACGGGGUCAAUAGCAUCUUGAACAGCCGCUUGCAGGAGACCAACAGCACCAUCAAAGACUCCCUCUGUGCCAGUUUGAGUAUGCGUGAGCUCAGCGUGGAGAGCAGUGGCUGUAAGGAGGGGACUGUGGAAGCUCAGACCCUAACCCCUUCAGACCUCAGCGGCUCCUCUCACAAACAGCCUGACAUCAACCUUGACCUGUCCCCGUUGACCUUAGGGUCCCCUCAGAGCCACACAUUACAAGCUCCAAGUGAGCCAGUCACACCAUGGGCAGAAAGGAGAGACCCUCACCCACCAUGGACAGAGGGGAUGGGCCCCCCUCCUGGGAUCCCUGAGAAUGAGCUCGUCAGAAGACUCAACACUGUGCCCAACCUGUCCAGGAUGAUCAGGGUCCAGACACCCAACCCAGACAACCCAAGCUCUGAGGAAAGUCCAAAGGAAGCUCCCAGUUGCAAACAGGAAUUGUCUGAGCCUGUGGCCACAGGUGGAAAGCCAAGAAAGAACAAGAGACAGGGAAGUCAAGCAAAGAAGACUGAGGCGAGUCCAGCCCCCUGGCCUCCAACCAACCUAGAGGCUCCCAGUGCCAAGAGCCAGAUAUCUAGCCCCAAGCAGCCAGGCAAGGGCUCAGAGCCUACCAAAAGGGGCAGUGGUGCAGAACCUGGAGAGAGCAGCCGGGGAAGCCAGCCAGGACCAAUUCGGGCUGACAGCCCCAAAACUGACAAGAAGGGUAGUUCCUGGCAGAGUUGGUGGCCAGGUGGGGCCAAGGCACGGACUGUGGAGCAGGAAUCUGAGCAGACCCCCGGCCCAGCAAGGCCACAGAACUUGUCCCAGGGCAAGGGCCGCAGCCGCCGGAGCCGAAACAAGCAGGAGAAGUCAGCCUCCUCCUUGGACGAUGUGUUCCUGCCCAAAGACUUGGAUGGGGUGGAGAUGGAUGAGACCGACAGAGAGGUGGAAUACUUCAAGAGGUUCUGUUUGGAUUCUGCAAAGCAAAACCGUCAGAAAGUUACUGUGAACUGGACCAACUUCAGCCUCAAGAAAACUGCUCCUAGCACAGCUCAGUGAGCCCUGCCCAGCUUGAUGUCUCCAGGUCUUCUCAAGGCCCCAACUCAAGCUGCAGAUGUAGUUCUCCACGUGCCCUGCCACCUGUCUUGACUGGCCCAGCUCCCAGCACCCUGACCAACCAAAAGCUGAAUGGACGCCAUGCUGUGCUGGGGCCUUUGAGGACCUCAGCAGAGCCGCUUCCUGGUGCUACACAGCCUGAGGAAUGGGCUGGCCUGUGAGCCAAGGGCUGGUGGCACUGCUGGCCCAAAACUGCUCUCUUUGUGUUUGGUUUCUGUUUGUUUUGUUUUUUUUAAUUGUUAACUUUUGAUACUGUGAAUAAAGCAACAUUUGGACACAGA